GGCAUCACGUCGCACGUGCGACUUCAGAGCAGUGGCCGUUGGCCAUUGGCUGGGCAAGCGGCACUUCAGCAGGACAGCGCACACCAAUGGUCAGUCAGCAGCACGCCUGAAGUAACGUGAACAUCUCCCUUCCCUGGGCUCAUCAUCCCGAAUCCACUUUGCAGUCGCAGACCCGACAUUUCCAUCAAUGUGCAGCCUGGAGGUUAUCACAGAGAUUUUUGCUGUCAUCUGCUUUCUGCUUCACAUCGCUGCUGUGUCCUCACAGCACUGGCUAACGAACGUCAAUGCGCACAUGGGGCUGUGGGCAGGUUGCCAUGGAACACAGUGUGUGUUGUUUGGGAUACAAGUUCCACGUAAGUUCGUCUUUGCCUUGGGCUAUGAGUACUGGAGGUGUGGUACCCUGAAGCAACUUAGAGCUGUUCUUAUUAUUUAUUAGUAAAGGUAAAGGGACCCCUGACCGUUAGGUCCAGUCGUGACCAACUCUGGGGUUGCGGUGCUCAGCUUGCUUUAUUGGCCGAAGGAGCUGGCGUACAGCUUCCGGGUCAUGUGGCCAGCAUGACUAAGCUGCUUCGGGCGAACCAGAGCAGCGCACGGAAACACCGUUUACCUUCCUGCUGGAGCGGUACCUAUUUAUCUACUUGCACUUUGACAUGCUUUCGAACUGCUAGGUGGGCAGGAGCUGGGACCGAGCAACGGGAGCUCACCCCAUCGCGGGGAUUCGAACCGCUGACCUUCUGAUCGGCAAGGACUAGGCUCUGUGGUUUAACCCACAGCACCACCCGCAUCCCUGGCCUUAUUAUUUAUUACCCUAGUGCUAUUUUUCUAGAAGAGGAGGUGCCACAGCUCCCCACGAAUGCCUGCCUUGGUCUCUUAUGGUGUCACUGGUGCCCACCUGAGAGGUGACGGAACUGAGAUCUGGCUGAAAAAAAGCCCUGAUUUACGCUAUGUAUGUGCUGCUCUUCAGACGGGCCUUACAAAGCGCUUUUCAUAAGUUUAUUACAAGAAGCAUCGCUUUACAAAAUAUUAAUGUUACAAUAGAGUGGCUAAGACAACUUGUUUGCUUGCAAAAAGCUGCUCCUUCUUCCUUCCCCUCAGAGCAAGAUGGUCCUUCAGAUACUUCUGUGGGAGCUGGGUGGUGACAGUUCCUAAAGCUUCUUUCCUCAGUCCUCUUCAUUUUGAACGUUUCCUGCAGUUUGGUCCUUCAGUCUGCUGUUAGUUCAGAGUGACUAGGGAUAAUGCUACACAGACACACACACAGUGCCAGAUUAAACCCAGUGAAGGCCCCUGGGCAGGUGAAAUCAGGAGGGAUCAUAAUUUAUCUUGUGCGCUUUAGUGGGAUAACACUGAGGGAGCAGAUAAAAACUGACCUCUCUGUCCCUGGAGGGAAAUAUUGCAUGGGAAGUUGCCCAGUCCCAUUGACACAUUUAACCUUUGUUCUCUCUUUCCUCCGUCUAGCAUACAUGCAGGCUACCCGAACCUUGAUGUUGUUGGCGUUGUUAGCUGGAAGCUUCUCUUUGUUUAGCAUUACUUCCAUCUUCUUCCAGUGCCCCUUUGGCUGUAUCUCCAAACCAAGGAUCUCAACAAUAUUCAGCACCAUCGCAGGUAUGGUGGGGUUGUCAUAAGCAUCUGCUUCCACAGACAGCCAAGCUGUAGCUCAGGGCUAGAGCAUCUGCUCUGCACGGAGAAGGUCUCAGCUCUGAUCCUCAGCAUCUCCAUUUAGGGCCAGGAGAGACCCCUGGCCUCAGUCCCCCAGAGCUGCUGUCUGCCACUUUAGGCAGUACUGAGUGAGAUAGGUCAUUGGUUCAGACUCAGCAUAAGGCAGCUUCCUAUGUUCCUUCGCAUUUGGUAACUAACUCAAAGCCAACCCUUGACUUGGAAAAAUAAAACAAAAUAACCCCCCACUCCCCAAAUCCUAUGCCAAGAAGGCUUGAGCUGAAAUGGAAAGCUGAAAUCGAUACACAUGGCAAACUUAAGUCCAUUGAAUACAAGGUGUUCCCCUCUGAUUAGGACUGAUACCACCCAAAAUCCAGCAAAAAUAAAUCUUAGAUGGCCUUCAAGAUGUGCACAGGAUUACAACCCCUUAGUGGCUUGAAAAGGGAAUCCUGCAAAUUCAUGGACGAUAAGGUUAUCAGAGGGUUGCAACAGGUUUGGCAACCUCUGAGAUUGGGACUGGAAAAAGAAGAAGAGGAAAUUUAUUUAUGCUAUCCAACUUUUUUCUCCAAUGUGGCUCACCCUCACAACAACCCUGCGGGCUGAGAGGCUUUGACUGGAUCAAGGUCACCCAGUGAGUUUCAUGGUGGAGGGGAAUCUGAAACCUGGUUUCCCGGGUCCUAGUCUAACAUUCCAACAACUAUGCCAUACUGGCUGUCAAGCAAGCAUAGGGGGUUACUAUUACUGAGCUCAACAUAGGAAGCCUUAUAUUGAAUCAGCCCAGAACUCAUACCCUCCAACUGUCCCUAUUUCCCAGGGACAGUGUCAGAAUGAUGAAAGCUAUCCCAGCUUCUGAUUUGAUCCAGGAAUGUAUCUAUUUCCUCCCCUAGUGCUGCUGCCACUGAGCUUGGGGAGGAGGAUGAGCUGGUGCUUGCCCUAAGCAGAAGUGGCAGCUGCAAGGAAGCACCCCAUGCCUCUCCAUGGAGGUUGCCAACCUCCUCCCUUUGACAGCUCUUAGCAGCUGUUGGAGAGAGGGUGAAGAGGAGGAGAGGCUGCCGCUGCUGAGGCCCAGGUAAUGCACCAGCUCUGAGGUGCAAGCAGAGGGCAGGGCUGCCCUGGGCAGGAAGAAAGAGGGGGAAGAGUGGAAUGCAAAGAGCCUAGAAUUUGUUUUUAUAAAUGCCUCAUGCAUCCACAUCUAAUCUUGCCCCUUUCUAAAAGUUAUGUACUGGUAUGUGCCAAAGAAUACGGUAAAAUUGGGAUUAAGGAGUUUUCUCAGGACAGCAGAGGGUGUGUCAGAGACCAGGCUGAGAAGAGCUACUCUGAUGAGGAAUGGUUCCAGGAUGCAGAUUCCCAGGAGCAGUGGAGCAUUAUAGAUUUGGAGCAGUGGUUUGCAGAGGGAAAUAGCUUGGAAGACAACAGCUGGGCAGAACUCAGAAGGGAACAGCUAGGAGGAGGAGAACAGGGAGAGAGAGAAUUAACAGACUCCCUUUCGCUGGAAAGUGUCCAAGUGCUCAGUCCAAGGUCAAGAGGAGCAGAUAAGGUAGCUACACAGAAAACCAAAUGGUUGAGAGAUCAGCUUUGCCAGAUGAGGAAGUGAUGGGGGUGGCUUGGGGGGGAGUGGGUGGAAACUUUAAUUGGGAGCACCUUUCUUCCGAGAAUGGAGUCUUUGUUCUUUCACUGUGAGCAUUAAAUUCUCUUUAACUGAUAAGAGACUAUUUUCACUUUGUUCUACUUAUCCACGGCCAAACGGAGGGAGGAAGCCGCUUCCUCAAAGGCUGACAGGGUUGUGUCCUGGUGGUGUAGUGAGGGUGGGGAAACAAAAAUUGGGGAGGUUGGGGAUGGUCAGUUGGGUGUGUGAGUGAGAAAUGUCCCUAUUUUCGUCUGAGGACUGUUGGAGGGUGUGAGUACUCUCUACACUGACAGGUAGCAGUUCUCCAGGGAUGAAGGCAGGAAACAUUUCCAGCUUGGAUGAGCUCAGGAUUGAACCAGUUGCUCUGCUUUACACAUCAGCUGUGCUUCUGCUUACGUGUUUCUCAGAAGAAUCAGAUGGACAUUGGGGGAAAGGGGAGCCUGGGCUAUAUGAGGCUCUAAGGAGUUUUAUUUGCUCCUAGGCUUAUUUGUUCUGAUUUCUGUAUGCGUCUUCACCAGCCAUAUGCGACCAACUGAUAAUUCGGGGUGGUCCCUGUACCUGGCCUGGGCCUCGAUUCCUCUGUGCCUUGUAACUGGUGAGUAUGCAUGGCAUGGGACAUACUGAAAUGUAUUCACAGAAUCUGAAAUAUACUCAGAGUCGAGUGUGGAUUUCAUACUCUUUAUUCAGCUCAUAGUAGUGAGGAAUGGAAGUUCUCCCGAAAUGUCUGCUUUAUAUAUAUUAUUUACACAAUGGGCUAAUUCUGGGAUUCUCCUGUAGGCCAGUCAGGUUGCGGAUUCACUUCCACCUGAAGUUGGAUUGGGUGGCUCCUGCGGACCAAUCAGACUGCUGCAUUCUGAAUCCUAUUGUUCUAGGACCAAUCAGACUGCUGCAUUUUGGAUCCUACUCAACUCAGUACAUAACAGAAUCGUAGAGCUGGAAGGAACCACAAGGGUCAGGGCUGUUAUUACCCAGGGGUGCAAGGGGUGCGGGGUACCCCAGCGUAAAAUUAUGGGGAGUGCCAGGUGCCCGGCGCUGAAGCUCUUAACUGUCUACCUGUUAUGAAUUAAUUUGAGCAUCUUGUGUGAAGGAGUCACUGGGCUGGGGAGGGGUGCGCACUCAUGGCGGUAGCCGGGCUGUGGCCACGCAGGGACUCUGGCCCUCCCCAGUGCUUCCCAGAGGAGGUGCUUCCCAGAAGCGCUUGUCUGCGGCCGAGUCCCUUCUUCCGCGCUGAGGCGCCGGCACUGCGGGAGGGGUAAGAGCAAGCAGGGACCCCCGUGGGCAGGAGCAGGUCGCAGAGUGCGGCUGGAGGAGCUGCAACUUGGUGAGCCUGAGGUGCAGCAGUGGCGGAGUGGCCAGUCUGGAGCAGCGCUCACCCCACUGCCAGUGCCACGCACCCUUCGGCUGGCAUCGUGCAGGUGGCACUGAGUCAGUCCCGCACCUUGAAGGCUGCUUGCUGCUCCCCUGGCUUGGCCCAGCCCCCACCCACAACUGCGGGGGGGGGGAGAGGCACCUCCAGAACAAAGAAGGGACAGCAAUGUGUGCUGCCUCCUGCUCUGCCGCCUUCAAGACCCUGCUUCACUCCUCCAGCCCCGCCAUCAUAUUAACAGGCCUCUCCCUGACACUUUCAUGGGCCAUAGAUUAUUUAAUAGCCAUAGGCCUAAGUAAAGAGGAAUGUUUUUGCCUGGUGCUUAAAGACAUGUAAUGAGGGCGCCAGGCGAGCCUCUCUGGAGAGAGCAUUCUGCAAUCAAAGAGCCACCACAGAAAAGGCCCAUUCUCUUGUUGCCACCCUCCAGACCUCUUGUGAAGGAGGCACAUGAAAAAGGGCCUCAUCCAUCCCUAGACAUUUCCAGUUACCGUACUUUUCCGUCUAUAAGAUGCCCCCUUCUAUAAGACUCCCCCUAUUUUGGGGGACUAAAAAUUUCAAAAAUGGUGGUGGGGAGAUUCUUCAAAGUUGUUGAGCUUUACCCUCAAUGGUUGCAGAGGGGUCUUUGAAGCCCACGCUUUGAUCCUCUCGCUGCACCGCUGUUGCUUCGCCCUCCUUUUCCCCCUUCUGUCUCGGUCCAGCCUCGGACUCACCAGGACUGUAAAAGCCAUCGCAAGGCAACCCUCUCGGAAACCCUGUGCAAACGCUGCAUGUGGGAAACUUCUACCUGCACGUCCAAACGUGCCUCCCGCUCCCCUCCUCCUCCACAGGGCUGGAGGAAAGGUGCUAAUUAGGGGAUCGUCAUUACAAAGCCCCCCCCCACGUUUCCCAGGGAGAUCAGGUGGAGGGUUGCUGGGUCUGCCCCAACCUUGCAUGCGGGAAUUUGCAAACACUCCCUGACCACCAGAAGGGAGUAGCUUUCAGCACAGGAGGCCGGCUAUUUAAUCAGCCGUUUACCUCAGUGCCUCGCAUGUUCUUGGUGCGCUCGAAUGGCCACACAAAAGCUUCAAUUAGAUUUAUUUUUAAUUGCGCAGCACCAUCUAUAGAAGCACCAAGGCUAUCAAGCUAGCCUAUUUAUUUGGUGGGAAAUGCAUAUGUUCCUUAAUCUGCUGCUGCUGGCAUUGCAAAAGCCACCUAUCCUCUGCCCCCUUGCCGAAAAAAGCAGCAAAAGGCCGACCAAUUGCCACAACGACAGCUAAUCAACACCGGCCCUUGACGCAGCCACCAAUAACAUUCUCCGACUCAUGGCAGCAACCAGUCCCACGUCCCCACAAUGCAUUACCCAUGUAUAAGACUACCCCCAAUUUUCAACAUGCUUUUUGAAGGAAAAAAACCUUCUCUUAUACACGGAAAAGUAUGGUAUAUCCAGGACUAGCAGCUUGUGGAAGGCUCAAAAUGCACCAACUAUGCAGAAGAAAAUAGACCUAUCCAAAGAUAUUCUACUUGGAGAUGUCAACAUCUUUAAGUUGGACUAGUACUAGAUUGGACUAGCCCUAGCACUAUUGGGUUGCAUUUUGGCCUGUCAGAAUGGUAGAGUUUGGAGGAUCAGAGCAUGAUCCUGUGAGCCAGAGAGAUAUUGCUGGGGUCACAGAUCCACAUGUCUCAGACAGUGUAUCAUUCUGCUCCACCUAUUGCCUCAACCAAUCCCUUUUCUCUCCUGACAGGUGGGACUGCUUUAGUACUGGAUACUGCGAUGUUAGACUGAACAAGAGGAUGUGACUGUUCUGCCAUUUUCGAUGACGUCUGAAGCUACAUUGAUAAGGUGUGGUGCAAAGAUAGCCUGCACUGGGGGCGAGCUGGACCUGGAAGAAGAGGCUGUAUUUUUUCCUUAGUGGCAGAAUUGAUGCAUUAUUUGCCCCCCUCCCCCAAUUAU